CUGCAAAGCCGAGUGGAGGAGUCUGGCGAGCGGUGCCGUCCAAAGGACGGCGAGCAACAAGUGUUCCCCGGCCGGCCCUUUCCAGCUGGGCGGUGUACGAAGUUUGAAGAGGGUUCGGGUCCUUCGGCUGCCUGAGAGCACGUGGCCCCGGCCCCUGGGAGGCGGGCGGCUUGCGGAGGAGCCAGAGGGUCUGUUUCGGAUGCCCUCGUCCGCUACUGAAGGAAGAAGAAACCAGGGAGCCCUCGAGGAGAUGCGCUGACGGGAGCGCGAGAGAAGUGAAGUGGCCGCAGCGGGGUGAGUCACGAAAGCGAAGAGGAGGAGGAGGACGAGACGGAAGCGGCCCUGACGUUUCUUCUUUGCCUCGCUUCCACUAGCCGAAAUGCUCCCUUCUCGCUGUCGGUGAAAGCCCGGGAGAGACCCCUUCUGUUAGGAUUGCUCGCGGGCUUGGGGCACCGGUUCCCAGGGAGGAAAAGCGACGCGCGCUUGACCCCCGGGGAGAAUCCACUCCGGACUGUGGGAAGGGCGAGGGGCAAGCGCCGCCGAAACAACGUGUAAUGGGGGAAAACCCGGCACAUCCUGGCUCUGCUGACAAGGCCAUCAUCUCCUAAGAGCGAUGGUGGCGGUGGCGGCGGCGGCGGCUUCAUCAAGGACCACAGCAACUCCGCUCAAAGGGACCCGGCGACGUAGCAGGAGGAACGGGCCCCGGCCAUUGUCUGCCAAGAUAUGAGACAUGAUUGUUGGACGCAGAAGAUUAAAAUUGCUGGGAAUUCUGAUGAUGGUAAAUUUCUUUAUAUACGUCAUUGUGGAAGUCUCAAAAAAUAGUGGCCAAGAGAAAAAUUCAAAACGACAAGUUAUACUCCCAAGGAGCAGAUUUUGGAGAAAGUAUAUUCCUCACAAGGCAUAUUGGAAUAAACAGCAAGAGAAGUUGGAACACUUAUAUAAUCCUAUUUUUGCAUUGCUUUUCAAUAUGACUGUGGAAGAAAGGCUAUCUUCCAAUAAUAGCUUUUUGAACUCCUGUGAUCCUGAUCCAUCUAUAUCCUCAGAUCUUAAAGAUUUUGAAGGCUUACCAGAUAGGUUUAAAGACUUUUUUCAUUAUUUAAGAUGUAGAAAUUAUUCAUUAUUAGUAGAUCAACCACACAAGUGCAAGCAUAAACCUUUUUUGCUUCUGGCUAUUAAAUCACUCAUACCACAUUUUGAUAGAAGGCAAGCAAUCCGGGAAUCUUGGGGGAAGGAAAUUAAAUUAGGAGACAUAACUGUUGUGAGAGUUUUCCUAUUGGGUCAAAUUCCUCCUGAAGAUAACUAUCCCAAUCUGUCAGGUAUGUUGAAAUUUGAGAGCGAAACCCACCAAGACAUACUUCUGUGGAACUACAGAGAUACUUUCUUCAAUUUGACUCUGAAAGAGGUCCUGUUUCUAAAAUGGGUCAGUAACACUUGCCCAGAAGCUCAGUUUGUUUUCAAGGGAGAUGAUGAUGUUUUUGUGAAUACCCAUCAGAUCCUGGAUUACUUGAAAAGUUUAACUAAAGAAAAAGCCAAAGACUUGUUCGUAGGUGAUGUUAUCCGUGAUGCUGGACCUCAUCGGGAUACCAAUGUGAAAUACUAUAUCCCACACAGUAUUUAUGAAGGUUCUUAUCCUCCAUACGCAGGAGGCGGCGGAUUUCUUUAUUCUGGUGAUCUGGCAUUAAGAUUAGCUAACAUAUCUGACCAAGUCCUUCUUUAUCCUAUCGAUGAUGUGUACAUUGGCAUGUGCCUUCAGAGACUUGGGCUUUCUCCAGAAAAACACAAAGGCUUCAAAACAUUUGACAUUGAAGAGAAACAAAGGGGCAAUAUUUGCUCCUAUACAAACCUAAUGUUAGUCCACAACCGGAAUCCUCAAGAAAUGAUUAAAAUCUGGACGAACUUGCAAGAUCCACAGUUAAGUUGUUAAAUA